UUCUUAGAUAAUCAACAUCACCUCCAACAUGGAUGCACAACCAAGCCUGAAGACCGAGAUUGAGAACGAACAAGGUGAAGUGGAGACAAAGGUGAACACUGUAGAUUAUCAGUCCUCAGCAGGACAAGGCCAACAAAAGAGGGAUGUGCAGGUGAUUCACAAAUCCCACCCUUCCGAAAAUUCAACCACUACCGGCGGCGGUAGCGUCCUCUCUAGCGCUGCUACUGCUGCUUCCGCGGCCGUUCAGUCCUCCAAGGAUGCCCUAUCUGGAAAAUAACUGAGCAGUUGCUCCAAGAUAGCUAUUUACAUUUCGUAUCAUUUGUCUUGAGUUUUCUAUUCACCCCUAAUAUA